UCACAAAUUAUCUCGAUACCAGAGUCGAGAGUUUUCUUGCUAUAUUCUUAAGUCAGAAGAAACGUAAAAACAUACGCGAAAGCUUACCACUAAAGCGAGCAGAUCUUAUUAUUCAUUCACAGCGCGAAAUUGAAGUCUUGUUUUCGACCCUGAAAAACCCACCCUUUCCGUUAGCUCAGGGGACAAAACUAUAUAUAAGAGCCCUGGUUCUUAUUCCCUGCCUUAUUCUCUGCCACGCUAGCGCUGUGAAAAAAUCGUCAAGAGAAUCUCGCAACUCUCACCAUUUGAUCACGUAACGUGACAACAUCCACCCGAGAACCCACGACAUGUGCGCGAAUUCGCGCGGAUAUAUAUCGUCCAGAUGGCGCAAUUUCUUCUAAAAAUAGAAAAAUUGUCCCAUAUCAUAGGUGCGCGCGGAUCCCAAGACUUACGGUCUCUGUCCCCCAUUAUGGUUCCUGCUGGACAUUUCUCAAAGGUUUUGCAAAUAUUCCUAAAGCGUUCAGAAAUAUUUGGAACUGAUUUGAAUAAUCUUCGGUUGAUGCUCGAUAACAUUCGGAAAUCUUCGGCUGAUCUUCGGUGAUCAGAAUACAUUUUGACAUGCCACGUAUCGGUGUUGCUUGAUUAAAAACCAAAUUGUCACUUCGUAUACAGGCCUAUCUCGGUGGUUGGUAGGAAAAUAACUGAUCCCCGCAGCUAGAAGUUACGUAGUUAUGGUUAACACUUAGGUCUUUCUUUGAACAGGAUUUUCAGACGAGCAACUGGCAACGGGUUUUAGAAACCAGUUCAGAAGCUCCAACACAAACAGCGCUAUCACAAGACGUGCCAGUUGAGAAGUGGCGCUGUUUUAUGGCGGGAACCAAAGUCAAUUUCCCGGAUGAAAAUAACUGGACUUGGAGAACUGUUGGCGAUUUAGACAUGGAGGACAUUUUAGCAGAUCUGUUUCAAGAUGGACUUCAAGUGGUUGAUUAUGAGAGAAUUAACGCAAAACACAAUGAAAACAGCGAGGAAUCCAUCGUCUCCUUUAAAUCGUGUAACGACCAAACGAGCCUGCAAGCGGAGAUCACCGCGGACCAUCCAUUCUUUGUCAGGGGAAUAGACAGGCCAAGUUGGGCUUCGUUCAAUCCUGCUGCCACUGAAUUGCGUUAUGGGAUAAGCUGUCAGGUAUUACAAAGGGGUGACGUUUGUGUGUUGCCAUGUGACUCAGAUGUUCUUGGAAUUUUUUACCGAACGCAAUGUGUAGGCGACAAAAAAUCGUCUGAAUUCACUGCUAUGGAUUCAGCAGCGGCACUUACACUUAGCACCAUGGCUAAGGAUAAAGAAGAACACAGCCACCGCCGAACCAAGCUUCUCUCAGAGUCUCAUUGUCAUUCAAGCCCAGUGAAAAGAAACGACACACAUCAGUUUACCAAGAGGCCAAUGAACGCAUUCAUGUUGUUUGCUAAACGCUUUCGAGUGGAAAUAGCCCAGACCCACCCUGGUAAAGAUAACAGGUAA